AUGAUCGCCACCGGUGUGUGCGGCGUGGCGCUGGUCCUGGUUCUGGUGGUGCUCAUUCCGGCCGUGGUCAACUCCGCCGGAACCCCCGCCCGCUACGAGAUGCUCGGCGCCUGCCAGAUGGUGUGCGACCCCCACGGGACAACGGCCGCCGCCACGGCGCCGGCAAAAGCGGCGGCAGGCGAGCCGGUGAAAGACAACCGCCUAGUGCAGUCGCUGCCCACCUUCAUCCAGGGUCCUCAAGGGGAGCCGGGACGCGCGGGGAGGACGGGUCCGAGGGGUCCCGUCGGCGAGCCCGGCCCGCCCGGACCCGCCGGCCCUCCCGGGGAGCGAGGGGCUCCCGGUUCUCCGGGUCCGCCGGGUGCGAGCGGACCCACGGGGGUCAUCAGCGCCGCCACCUACAACACGGUGCCAAAGAUAGCCUUUUACGCGGGACUCAAGAAGCAACACGAGGGCUAUGAAGUGCUCAAAUUCGACGACGUGGUCACCAAUCUCGGCAACCACUACGACCCAGCCACCGGCAAGUUCACCUGCUCCAUACCGGGGAUUUACUACUUCACCUACCACGUGCUGAUGCGAGGUGGCGACGGAACCAGCAUGUGGGCCGACCUCUGCAAGAAUAACCAGGUUCGAGCCAGCGCCAUCGCACAGGAUGCAGAUCAGAACUACGACUACGCAAGCAACAGUGUGGUCUUGCACCUGGAGCCCGGCGACGAAAUCUACAUCAAGUUGGAUGGCGGCAAAGCACACGGCGGCAACAAUAACAAGUACAGCACCUUCUCGGGCUUCAUGCUGUACGCCGACUGA